GCCCGGGUAUUCAAGGGAUCAUUUGUUCGCCAAUUGAGCAUAUGCUGAUCAUUUAUCUGAUUAGUUUUGCCCGUGAAGUUAAUGACGUAAAUCAAACAUGUGAGCUGCCUGUGCGCGCUUGUUACAAUUUUCACCGUUUCACGGACCGAUAGGAAUGUUUGAAUCUCUGAGAAAAAAUAUCCAGUCGGUUCAAGAUGGCAUUACUGCAGGAUUGCAGCGGCUAUCCAGUGGUGCUCCUACCCCCACUACACCCCCAGAUGGAACAUUGCCCAUAUCAUUGCAUGGAGGUGGAGCUGACCUCCUUACCAUGUAUCAGAGCCAGUGGGCAACAAUGCAUCAUAUGGCUCUACAAAAUGCCAAGCUUGCACAGUGUGUAGCUGAUGACAUCUCUUGUCUGACUGAGGAAUGUGAGACUCAGCACAGUCAGUUGCUUGAGCUACGAUCUCUGCUGGCACAUCUCCCCAACAUCAUGGCCCAGCUGCACUCAUCACUAACAACAAUAGGACAUGUGCGCAGUGUGCUAGAGGAAGUUGAAAUGGGCCUGGGAGACCUUGAAGCAACCAUCGAGGAGUCUGUAAUGCAAGAAGAGAUUCUUGACAUGAAGAUGAAAGCAACACUCCUUAUUGAAUGUCGUCAACACAAACUAAAUAUGCUUCAUAAUGAACUAAGUGCGCAACACAGAGAGAAAUUAGCUGCUGCUGAACAACGCAGGGAAGAAGACCGCCGCAUGAGACUCGAGACUUUUUCUGAGCAGUUCCAGGAAGACCUGAAAAAUUACAAGGAAAGUGGCACCGUCGGCGACAGGGCUGUAGCUCCUGUAUUGACAAAGUUAGAGGACGUGAUGGUCGAAGACGACUCCUCGGCCCUUGAAAGCUUCCUGCAAGACGACUCACAGCCAUGAAGUUUUGCACCCUGUGUCUAGGAUACACACACUUUACAAAAUUCAUAUACACGUUUAAUUUGCGUUUCAGACCCUGAUACCUCCAUACUACUUGGUCUAUUGACACUCGCUCACUGAACUGGAAAGAGCGGGCUUUACAGAUAAUGCCACAUGGUUUGAUAAUGUCAUAACUGCAAAUUAUUAGAACGAUAUGAAUUGAUCUAACUUUACAGGUUUAGUGAAUUUAUAGGCGUAAUGCUUAUCUACUACAUUUCCUCUCUAACAAACUUCGUAUUUAUUUAUUCAUGGUGCAUGUAAACGUCCAGAAUUAGUAUGAGUGACGCAGAGUUAAAAUGACUUAUUCACAGCAUAAUUCAGAUUGCGAUCGCUUCAUAGAAAUAGUGCAUUUCUCCAUUGGCAUUCAUAUGAUUAUUACUGUUAGACUAGAGUCUCUAGACUCUAGACGAAACUGAUCUGAAGCGCUAGAGACCUCUCCCCUACUACUACUACUACUACUUAUCACUUUUAUCUUUUGCGGAGAGUCAUGGUUCGUUCCUUGUCGUUAAAAAUAUUCAUAUUAUUCCACAAAAUGUUCUACUUUUCUUACAUAGCCUUAUGUAAGAAACUGCUUCGUCUAGCUAAGGUUUAACUAGUGCUCUGCUUCACCCCGCCACAAGCGAGAAAAUUUCGUAAGCCGUCCUUCCACAUUAACUAUUUAGGAUCUUCUGAUUACGCUCUCUAAGUCUCUAACUUACAUGAGGUAAUAUAUAUACUUGUUGGAAAACAUAAAAAAAAACUUACGUUUCUGUAAUUUGGCGUUGUAAUAUUCGACUCUUAUUUAAUGCUUUAUAAUAUUUUAUACAUCUGUGUAAUUCUGUCUGUAAAGGUUUCCUAAACAUUUUAUGUUAAGGUAUUGUCGGUAAUUGUACUUGAAAUGUCCAUUUUCAUUGUGUUCACUCGCCUCUCAUAACAGGUGUCAUUUUUUGCAUAACGACAUUUUUAUUUUUUUAAAGAUGCUAUGGUUCGUUUUCGUUUUUAUGUUUUAUAUUUCCUAUGAAUAAUCCCGUGUAUUAUGAAGUGUUCACAUGUCUCCUUAGGAUGACGAAUCUCCUUGAAUUGAAAUGCAAUUUAUGAUAGAAUAAUUUUCCUUGCAAGGAAAUGUUCUUAAACUCGAAUGUAAUUUAUAUGUAAAAAUUUGUGGAUUUUCAAGGAAUUCAUUUUUAGCGCAUUU